AUGUCAACUACCGUCCCCAAACUCGGUGUGCUUCAGCUCAAAACUACGUUCCCUCGACCUCCCGGGGAUGUCGGUAACGCUCUCUCAUGGCCUAUGCCUGUCAUCAUCCGUAUUGUUGAGGAGGCUACUGGGGAUAUCGUAAGAGGUGGAACUUGGGGUCCUGCUAUGGUCGAUGGUUUCGUUCGUGAGGGAAAGAAGAUGAUGGAGGAAGGUUGUGUGGCUUUUGUCACUAGUUGUGGUUUCCUCGCAACCAUGCACCCUGAGAUUGUCCACCGUCUUCCCAGUAUGGGAACUUCAAGUCUUAUCCAAGUUGGUUGGUUGCAGAAAUGUUUCUAUCCAGGCGAGGAGACUCCCGUCGGUGUCGUGACGUUUCAAAAGAGUGCUUUGACCAAGAAACACUUUAUCAGCGUCGGUGCGGAUCCGGAGACUCCCUACUUUGGGCUUUCCGAGAGUGAGGACCCCAAAGAGGCUGUUUUCAAGGCCGUCCUGGAAUGCCGCGUUCCCUACGACUACGAAGGUAUGGAGAAAGAUGUGGUUGGCGCUGCUCUCGAACUCGUCAAGGCUUAUCCCUCCGUCAAAGCCAUCGUCAUGGAAUGUACCAACAUGCCUCCCUUCUCUCACGCCGUCGCUAAAGCUACUGGUCGUAAAGUUUGGGAUAUCUUGACCCUUGGCAAGUGGUUGUAUGAUGGUGCUACUCCCCGUGACUACCGUGGUCUCGCCAAUUAG